UGUUGACGGUUUCCAUAGAUUUGUCUUGUUAGUCCAGCUCAUGUUUUGCUGUUGUCUCUGAGCUCUCAUGGCUGAUUACACAUUGAAGGGAGGGCUGCCUGUUUGAAUCCAGGGCUGCUCUCAUUAGCAGCCAAGCAUGGGCAGAGUGCAGCAUGUCACCCUCUAAACACAGCAGCUGAGCCGAGCACAGAGCAUGUCCAUCACAUAGCAGCAUGUCAGUGAUGCCGGACGUCUAGCCUGUUUGUUUCCCCGUGGUCUUGUGUUCGCCGGUGUCACCAUGGAGCUGGGCCAAAUUCACCUGAACCUGAAAACAGUGCUGCUGACGAUGAUGAUGUUUAAGUGGGGCAUCCUCUGCUCGGCUUCAUCAGACAAAUGUCUGUCUGCGCCCUGCCAGAACGGGGCCACCUGUGUGGACACCACGGACGACUACGCCUGUAUCUGUGCCAGGGACGGGGUCCGAUACAUGGGCAAAACCUGCGAGGAGCUCUACGACGCCUGCGUCUUCGCUCCGUGCGAGCGCUGCAGCAGCACCCCCGGCACCGCAGAGUACCGCUGCGCGUGUCCGAGCGGCCUCACGGGGGACAACUGCACCGUGGACGUGGACGAGUGCGAGAGCAGCCCGUGCUCCGCUCCGCGGUCGCUGUGCGUGGAUCAGCUCAACGGCUACUUCUGCAGGUGCCCCCCCGGGCUCGGCGGACGGGACUGCAGGGCGCGCGUGACCGACUGCGUGGACGAGCCCUGCAGGAAUAACGGGACGUGCGCUCUGCGACCGGAGGGCUUCGCGUGUCACUGCGCCGCGGGCUUCGAAGGGCGGACGUGCGAGGAGGACGUCGACGAGUGCUCAUCGGAGCCCUGUCAGAACGGAGCCAUCUGCGUCGACGGGGUGGCGGAGUUCCACUGCUUCUGCGUGCCGGGCUUCCAGGGCCACAACUGUGAGAUCGACAUCAACGAGUGCGCGUCACGGCCCUGCGAGAACAACGGCACGUGCAUCAACGAGAAGGACCACUACGAGUGCGAGUGCUUGACGGGCUUCGCAGGAGUCAACUGUGAGGCUGAGGUAGAUGAGUGCGAGUCCAGCCCCUGCCGCAACGGAGCCACCUGCCACGACCUGAUCGGCAUGUACGCGUGUGAAUGUCUGCCGGGGUUCGAAGGCGUUGACUGUGAGGUGGACGUGGACGAGUGCGUCAGCGUGCCGUGCCAGAAUGGAGCAGUGUGUCAGGACAUGGUCAACAGCUACGACUGUGACUGUGGAAACACGGGAUUUGAGGGCGAUCACUGUGAAGUGGACAUCGCUGAGUGUGCGUCUGAGCCCUGUCAGCACGCUGCCACGUGCGUGGAAGGAGUCAAAGGCUACACCUGCCUCUGCUGGCCGGGUUACGAAGGCCCAAACUGCGAGACGGACAUCGAUGAAUGUGCUGAGCAGCCGUGUGAGAACGGAGGCCGGUGUUUCCAGCGCUCCGAUCCGUCCCACUGGACGCCGGACUGGGAGCUCAGCUUUGCAGAUGCCGCGGGCUACGUCUGCCAGUGUCCGCCGGGCUUCGCAGGAGAAAACUGCUCGGUGGACAUCGACGAGUGCGAGUCGGAGCCGUGUCAGAGCGGAGGCUCCUGUGAGGACGGGAUCAACAGCUACACCUGCACAUGCGCCGCAGGGUUCCUGGGGAAGCUGUGUGAGGUGAACGUAGACGAGUGUGAGAGCCAGCCCUGUCAGAACGGCGGCUGGUGCGAAGACGGCAGGGCGUCCUACACGUGCCACUGCCCCGACGCGGCCGCGGGCCAGCUUCCCUGGGGGGGGCGUCAGUGCGAGGUGCAGCUCCGCGGCUGCGUGGGCCACGCCUGCCAGAACGGGGCCACCUGCCGCCCGUGGCUGGAGGGGGGAGAGCACGGGCACGCGUGCCUGUGCCCCCCCGGCUUCUACGACCCGCGCUGCUCCACCAGAACCACCUUCUCCUUCUCCUCCCCCGGGUUCGUCCACAUCCGGGUGGUCGAGGACGCGCGGGGCAGGAGGGAGCUGCAGCACAGAGCCCACCGAGGUCAUGGGGUCCAGCUCCGCUUCCGGACCACUUUGCCCAGCCUGGUGCUCUUCUACAGGGGGGAUGCGGACAACCACCUGCUGCUGGAGGUCGUGAGCGGGGGCCUUCGUGCCAAAGCUUCCUCUGAGGACUCUGAGCUGGAAGUAACGUAUCCUGGGCUGCUCAGCGACGGGGACUGGAGGGACGCCCACGUGUACGUAGAUGCUGAAGGCCUGACUCUGACCGUGAAGGGCCCUGGCUGCGAGUGGGACCGCUGCAGAGUCACCGAUGGUGGAGCGAGUGAGCCCACCUUUCAGCCCUCUGAAGCCUUCGCUCACGUUUAUAUCGGUGGAGCUCCUGAGGAGCUCUUGGAGAACUCUAUGAGUGGCGUAGGUUUCAUUGGAUGCAUGGAGGACCUGAUGAUAGACUCUAAGCCCAUCCUGCCACAGACGCUGCCAGAGAACCAGGGGCAUGAGCUGGGGUGCAAUAAGACCGAGUGGUGUAAACCGGACCCCUGUGACGGACACGGCCGCUGCGUGGACCUGUGGACCAGCUAUUACUGUGACUGCCACCGGCCCUUUUACAGUGAGAGCUGCUCUGAAGAGUUCCCUUCAUGGACGUACGGCCACGAGGACACGCUGAGUUUCAGUGCGUACGACAUUGGUCAGAGUCACGGCAGCAGCUUCAACGUGUCCUUCUUCCUGAGGUCGCUGAAGAGCGAGGGGCUGCUGUUCCAGCUCCGGAGGCCCACGGAAAAGGCCGAGGGUCAGGUGUACUUCUCCGUGUACCUGGGGAUGGGGAGGCUGCUGGUCAGCUCGCUGCCCGGCAGCGCCCCGCUCACCGCGCCCGUGUUUGUGGCCACGGGGGAGAAGCAGCUGGUGCAGGUGGAGGUGCGGGGGGAGCAGGUGGUCUUUGGCCACGCAGGCCUGCGCUACAGCAUAGGACAGAUCCCCCAAGUGGCCGUCGCCAGCGGCGACGAGGCCUACGUGGGAGGACUUCCAGGAGACUGGAGCGCGGAGGCGUGGGGCGGGCGCUACAAAGGCUGCCUGCAAGACCUGCGCCUGGGUUCAACGCACCUGGACGUGGACGCGUGGAACAUUUCGGCUGAGGAGGGGGCGUAUUUACCGAGUGACGCUGAGAACGUGAUGAGAGGCUGCGUCAGCGACGACACCUGCAAGAUAAAGCCUUGUCAGAACGGUGGAGAGUGCGCCGUCACCUUCAACGACUUCAGGUGCUCCUGUCCGGAGCGGUACGCCGGAAAGAGCUGUGAAACACAUGUGUGGUGCGUUAGUGACCCCUGUGUGAACGGAGGCCACUGCGUGGACCUCCCCGAUGGAUAUGAAUGUGUGCACAACGCCACGUUUGAGAACAACCCUGUCCAGUACAGCGCUGGAGGCUCGCUGGCCCGACCCGUCUCCAACAUAUACCUGGAGCUGCGGACCCGGUCGGAGAACGCCGUGCUCCUCAGGGCCGCCUGGGGCUCCGACAUGCUGAUGGUGAGCCUGCUGGACGCCUGCGUGCGGGUGGAGAUCCACGUCGGGAACAGCGUGGAGACCCUGGCCUUCACCGGGGUCCGGCGAGUGGCCGACGGCCGCUGGCACCGCGUCAACGUCUCCAUGGCGGAGCGCAAGCGCAAAGCCUCCCCCUGGUUCAUCAUCGUGGACGGGGUCACGGACGCCAGCAGCAGCCCGGAGCGCACGGGGGGCCUGCACUUCCUCAACGAGAAGGGGGCCGCGCUGGCCGUCGCAGAGAGCUUCACCGGCUGCUUGGGCGCCGUGAGAGUGGGAGGAGUCUACCUCCCCUUCAUGGACGACUAUGAGGCCCCGCAGGCGUCCCAGUUUCACCUGGUGGGCAAACCGAAGGUGCGUUUGGGCUGCACCAGCGCCCCUGUCUGUGACUCGGACCCCUGUCUGAACGGGGCCACCUGCGAGGAUCUCUUCAAUAAGUUCGGCUGCGUGUGCGACUCCGGCUGGGAGGGAGAACGGUGUGAGGCUGAUGCUGACGACUGCGCCUCUCAGCCCUGCGUCCAUGGCAACUGCAGGGACCGGCUGGCAGCGUUUGAGUGCCAGUGCCGCCCCGGCUACGCGGGCGCGCUGUGCGAGGAGGACCUGGAUGAGUGCGAGCAUCACGCGUGUGAGCACGGAGGCACCUGUCGGGACGGACCCAACAUGUACCACUGCACAUGCCCCGAGGCCUACAGCGGCCCCCUGUGCCAGUGGGACUAUCCUCCAAUACAGUGCGGCAAAGACAUGCAGUGUGUCAAUGACGGCGUGUGCACUGAUGGGCUGUGGGGGGCCAACUGUACGUGUGUGCCAGGCUUCACAGGCAGCAGUUGUGAAACGGAGAUUAACGAGUGUGAGUCCAACCCCUGCCAAAAUGGCGGCUCCUGCUUAGAUCGAUUCAACAUGUUCGUGUGUGAAUGUCCACCUGGCUACAGCGGCCCAACGUGUGACACUAAUAAAUUGGCCAGUAAGCAGGGCGUCCCCUGGCUGGCACUAGCCAUCCUGCUGCUCUGCUUCUGUGUGCUGAUACUGAUCUUCAGCCUGACCUUCAUGGUGCUCACAGCCAGGAAGAAGCGCCAGUCGGAGGGCGCGUACAGCCCCAGUGCUCAGGAGCUGGCCGGGGCUCGGCUGGAGAUGGACAGCAUGCUCAAAGUGCCACCAGAGGAGAGGCUCAUCUGACGGGAUGGGGAGCUGGAGGUGAUCCGGACCCACAGAGCUCACCUGAGGCUGUGGGCCACACAGCCCUGCGGGUGGACGCGGUGCUCAGUGCAGUUAGUACCAUGGUUGAACAGUAUUAGUGUGCGUAAACUACAGGUGACGCAAGGAAACGGCCCUAAGUCUUCUUCUGAAGCAUCAAACGAUAGGAUGAGGACCCAAGAAGGUGGUUUAUUGUAUAAGACAGGGCCCGUCUGGUGCUGUACGUGUGAUUGUGGUUAGAAAAGUAUUGAGAUUUUUUUUAAAAAAAGCUCUUUAUUUCAAGAAGCCUGAACACAAACCAUGAAAACUGUCCUCUGGUGUUUUAAUAGUCAUCAUUGUGGUGACGCCUGAGUCAGGACUGGUUUUGUUUUCAGUGGGACAAGGUGGGAAGUGGGGCAAAUGCUGCUAGUUAACCCAAGGACUAGUGUGUGUCUCGAGAGAGAGAGAGAGAGAGAAAUACACAAAUACAUAUAAACUGGGGCUUUCUGAGCAGAAAGCUGAAACUUCACUGAUCCUGCACUGGCAACCCACCUGAUCCCUCUGUAACAGGACGGAGAAUGAAUGAGUCAAAGGUGCCAACCGGCGGUUUCAUGGGUUAACGUUAUUUAUAAUUGACUUGUUGAAUUAAGAACCAACGCGCUGUAGACAUUCAGUCUGUAUUGCAGCUGGUCAUUCCAGCGAAGAGACAGAAACUGGAUACUGUAACUGCUAAGAAAAUACUCCGUUAUAUUUUUUCUACAUUGUUAGUGGCUUAUUCUUCUGCAGUUGUUGGAUCAGCUGUUGAAUCAACUCCAGGAACAGUUUGUCUUCAUGAACUAAUUUCUCGUUGGGAUAUUUGAAUUUCCUUCAAAUUCCUAGUUGUAUCCUACAAACCCUAACCCUACUGUAGGAUACAAUGUUCUAUAUUGUUAAACACUGACAAAAGUGAGCAGGGCUUCACUGACUGAAGGAAGACACAACAAUUAGACUUGAUUGUUUGCACUUACUGUUAAGUUCUGGUGUCGCUCCUGGGCGAACAACCCUUAUAAGAAUAAAGUGUUUCAGUGAGUGAGAUUGACUUCAAUGAUAUGAGUAAAACACACAGGACACUAUUAGACUUGACUUUGGAGCAAGGAAAGUUUCUUACAAGAUUCCAUGCAUUUUCAGGUCUCAGUGUGAGACACACAAUCUUUUUGAUAGAAGGCGGUGGAUUGUACAUUUUAUUCCACAAGUUGACAUUUUUGUUGUUGUCUGUUUAGGUCAAACCUGUACAUGUUGUGUAUUUAUGGUUAUAUACUCUGUAUAUAAGUGAACUGAUAUUCAUUGCGUUUCAGUGGGCGCUCACAUCUGUCUGUGUCUCCAGUAGCUUCUUCACAGUCAGUAAAACACAGAUUAACUAGUUUAAGGUACGAACUGUGAUGGAGAAGCGUCUUCUGUAGAUAUGAAAGUUAAAUACUUUACCAUGAAUAAUGAAAGGAAUAAGUGUUUUAUGAAUAUAAUGUACAAUAUAAGGUGUUAUUGCAUAUGGGAGCAUUUAGGUAGGUCUGCACACAAUCUUUUGUUUGCUUUGUUCCUUUGAUAUAAAAAAUACCCAACAUUUGAAAAAAAUAAAGUGACUGUUGUUUCUAUGAUCCUGGCAAAGACUUAUAAUAACUGCAGCAACUUACACCUGCAGCUUCCAACUCGUGUUCGCUAUAGCUUCUUCCACAGAGAUGAUGGUGAAGGAAGAAAUAAAAAAUGCAUCACAGUG